AUGUCAAAGACGAACGCCGGGGCUGCAUCAAAGAAGGGCGGCGGCAAGGGCAAGCAGCAGCUUCUGGGUGAGGAGCUGCUCAAGGUGAUUAUGGUGGGUGAGUGCGGGGUGGGCAAGUCGUCGCUCAUCUGCAAGCUGGUCGACAACACCUUCUCGGAUGAGCCGGUGACCAGUCUCGGCAUGGAUUUCAAGCUCAAGACCGUCAGCGCCGAAGGCAAAACACUCAAGCUACAGAUUUGGGGGGUGGUGCUCGUGUACGACAUCGCCGACAAGGAGAGCUUCAAGGCGCUCGACCGGUGGAUCGAAGAGCUCGACACCUACACCUCCAAAGAGACCAACAAGGUCAUCAUCGGCAACAAGACGGACUUGGGCGUGAAGAGAGCGGUGGCGGCGAGUCUGGGCAAGGAGUUCGCCGAGGCGCGCGGCAUUCCGUUCUUCGAGGUGUCGGCCAAAUCGGGCGAGAACGUCGACAAGGUGUUCGUCACGCUCGCCCGCGACAUCCACGCGCGCACGGGCGAGGGCGCCUGCGAGGCCGACGCCGGCGGCUCCAAGGUCAAGCUCAAGAACCCGGCCAAGCCGCCCAAAGCCAAGGGCGGCUGCUCCAUAUAA